AGUCGGCGUGCGGUGGUCGUCGCGUGAGGUCGACGACGUGAUCUUUCUCGUGGUGGCAUUGCGAGUGACCACGACUUGCGAAGUCAUGUCUCAGUGUGUAUGCGUGAGAAAGUGUGUGUUUUCGGCAGCUGUGUCCAUCCCAGUGUAGCGCCGCAUCUGGGAGCGAUCAGACGCGGUGUUUCUUUCGGGGUUUCUCUCGGUGCUGGCGCGACUGCGGUGUCCUUGGUGAGGUGCCGGGACGUGGUCACCCUGCUGGCUGUGUUCUCCUCUCAUAUUACCAUGGAAACCAGGCGACGAUGGGGCCAGUGCAACGGGAGCUCGUGUCAAAGGACAGGGGAAGCGGCGGCGGCGGCGGCGGCGGCCGCCGCGGCUGACCCUGAUAGUAUCGAGUUGACCUGCGUGCCGCCACUACCCCAGGACCUGGAGCAACACAUCAGGGAGUGUCAGUGCUCGUGUGAUCACCUAGGCUUCGGAAACUUCAAGACCAUCACCUACGUGGAGGGCCAGCACUGGGACAAUGUGGACGUGAUUGACGUCAAACCGUCCGCGUCCGCGUCCACCGUGGACAUUCUGCACGGGGAGCUGCCCGGCGCCGGCUCGCCCUGCAGUCCCGAGCGGCAUCGGCACGGCGAGAAAAAAGAGGGAGCACCUGGCGCCGAGAUCGGCCGUCGCCACUGGUGCGUCGUCUGUAUGAUUCUCCUCGUAGUGGCCGCCACCGGCCUCAUCAGCGUACCCCUGCUGCUGCGAGACAUGGCACGCGGCUCCGCCCAGCACCGGCUCCAGAUCGCCAGGAAGAUACUCGCCCAAGUGCCUCUGAUCGACGGACACAACGAUUUUCCGUGGAACGCGCGACGGUUCGUGUACAACAAGCUGCAGAGCGUGAACCUGACGUCCGACCUGCGGCACGUCAGGCCGUGGAACGAGAGCGUCUGGUCGCACACGGAUCUAUUCCGGCUCCGGGAGGGCAUGGUCGGCGGCCAGUUCUGGAGUAUAUACGUGCCGUGCGGCGCGCAGUACCUGGACGCCGUGCAGAUCGCCCUAGAACAGAUCGACACUGUUCGGCGAAUGGUGCAGCGGUACCCCUCUCACACGGCGCUGGCCACGUCUGCAGACGAGAUUCUGGAGAUCCACAAAGGAGGUCGGAUGGCCAGUCUGCUCGGUGUUGAGGGAGGUCACGCCAUCGCCAGCAGUCUGUCUGUUCUGAGGAGUUUUCACGACCUGGGAGCCCGUUACCUGACCCUCACUCACACCUGCAGUACACCAUGGUCGGAGUACUCGGAGGUUCCAUCUCUGCAACAGCGAGGUCUCACAGAGUUUGGUGAGAGCGUUGUGCGGGAGAUGAACCGUCUGGGUAUGGUGGUCGACCUCAGUCACACCAGCACACAAACAAUGCGAGAUGUGCUGGCAGUGUCACGAGCGCCCGUCAUGUUUUCUCAUUCGUCUGCGCAUGCGCUCUGCAAUAUCUCAAGAAACGUGCCGGACGCCAUCUUGAAACAGCUGGCGCUGCACGGCGGUAUUGUGAUGGUCAGCUUUUAUAAUCGUUUUCUAACUUGUGGGAAGAAUGCAACUAUACAUGAUGUUAUAGCUCACAUAGAGCAUAUUCGUCGGGUGGCCGGGGUGGACCACAUUGGUCUCGGGGCCGGCUACGACGGUAUUGACCUGGUGCCCGAGGGGCUCGAGGAUCCGUCCAAAUACCCCCACCUGGUGGCCGAGCUGCUCGGUAGGCCAGGCUGGUCAGAGGCCGACGUCAGAAAGGUGGUCGGCCUCAACUUUCUGCGUGUGCUCAGGAAGGUCGAACAGACCCGUGAUCAUCUUUCAGCAAAGAAGCCUAUAUCGUUAGAACCGCUGCCAGAUAUAGACGAGGACUAUAUCAACAAUAAUUGUACCUAUGAUUUACGAGAGAAUUAAAAUACGGAAAUU